AUGAAGGAGAGAGUUUUGAAAUAAGUUGUGCUCUUUGUGAGGACAACAAUAUAUAUUUAAUUUCAUUACUAAAAACGUAUUUAUCAAAAACCAAAACUUUCAAAUUGUUUAAGAGCAUAUAUUAAUCAGGAUGAUCAGGAAGUUUGCACUUUUUCUGAUAUUAAUGAUUUUACUGUUGCUCCUGAAAUAUUAAACUGCAAAACAUACAUUCAUAAUUGUUUAUAACGUUUGUUGUUCUCUUGA